UGAGCAGAUCUAGCUAAAGUCUGUUUUUAAAGCAGAUCACCCAGCAAAAGAAAGUGUGGAAGCUAAUCUAUAGAUCUAUACAAGUCAAUCAUGGCAAAAGGAUUUUGUCUCCUAUAUAUAUCGUUCAUUAUUGGUUGUAUCAGUUGGACAGUCACUGCUCAACAAUCAGAGGGUGUUUGUGUUCGAGUCAACCAUCGGCAACGCUCUAGGCAAGUCAGCACCUUAAGGUAUUCUUUGAGGACUGAAGGCUACACAGUAAAAUGUGGUUUUUGGGGAUGGAGCAGGUGUUCACGUUCUCGGCAAGUGAAAUAUUCCAAAACAGCGUAUAGCACUACAUACUAUACAGAGUCUUACCUUGAAAACUACUGCUGUCCUGGCUACACAGGAAGUGCUUCAAAUUGUAUUCCUGUAUGUGAUCCGGAAUGUAUCAACGGAAAGUGCAUCAGUUCUGGAAUAUGCUCAUGUCAUAGUGGGUACGAAGGACAUCGUUGUGAGACCCCGGUAUGCGUGCCAGGGUGUGACAAUGGUGGUAGCUGUAUUGCUCCAGGAGUGUGUCACUGCCUUCAACACUAUAGUGGACCUCAAUGCCAAGAAUCUGAAUGUAACCCUUCAUGUGAAAAUGGUGGACACUGCACUGCACCAAAUACUUGCUCUUGUACAGCAAGUUGGAAGGGAGAGUAUUGUGGAGAAGCAAUAUGUGAGCCAGCAUGUCAAAACCAAGGUCGAUGUACUUCUCCUGAUGAAUGCCAGUGCGCUACUGGAUGGGAAGGAAAUCUUUGUCAGCAUGCUGUAUGUGCAAAUCCUUGUCAAAACGGAGGAACUUGUGUGGACAUUAACACUUGCUCAUGUCCUACUGGAUAUGCUGGCCCUAGUUGUGAAAACCCUGUCUGCUCACCUGCUUGUGAAAAUGGAGGCACAUGUGUAGCACCUGGACAAUGUUCAUGCCCUUCCACCUAUCGUGGAAGUACAUGCAGUGAACCAAUCUGUGAUCCCCUAUGUGAGAACGGAGGCAUUUGCACUCAGGAAAGGACGUGUCACUGUGCUCCAGGCUACGAAGGACCACUUUGUGAAGAAGCCGUCUGUUUCCCACCCUGCAAAAAUGGUGGUAACUGUACUGCACCUGGCUACUGUGGGUGUCCUCGGGAGUGGGAAGGAAUAAGAUGCGAAGAUCCUGGCUGUUCUCCUUCUUGUGCUAAUGGUGGCACAUGUAUCAGACCUGGGGAAUGUCAUUGCACUACGCAGUGGACGGGUGAUAAUUGCCAAGAUGCUGUCUGUAACCCCACUUGUGGGAAUGGAGGUCAUUGUAUCAGUCCCGGUCACUGCGAGUGUAGUGGGACAGGAUUUCUGGGCUCCCGAUGCACUGAAGCUGUUUGCAAUCCUGCUUGUGCAAAUGGUGGUGAAUGUGUGGAGCCAAAUGUCUGUCAAUGUUUGGGUUUAUGGACAGGAGAUCAUUGUGAUGAAGCUGUAUGCAAUCCUCCAUGCUUAAAUGAUGGUGUCUGUGUACUACCUGGGCAAUGUCGUUGCUUGGAUGGAUGGACAGGACCUCAUUGUGCGACAGAAACGUGUGAACCUGGCUGUCUGCAUGGAGGGGUCUGCGUUCAUGGUAUGUGUGAAUGCCAAAGUGGAUGGACCGGCCGCAACUGCAAAGAAGCGGUUUGUCUACCAAAUGGCUGUUUGAAUGGUGGACGGUGUAUUUCUCCUGGUCAUUGUGCUUGUGAUGUAAACUAUGAAGGUUCAAGAUGUGGAAUCCAAAAAUGCAGCAUUAAUUGUGUUCAUGGUGCGUGUACGGAUGAAAAUACUUGCGAUUGUAAUUCUGGCUGGAAAGGAGAACGAUGUACAGAAGCCAUUUGCUUUUUACCUAGUGGAUGCUUAAAUGGUGGACACUGUGUAUCUCCAGGACACUGCUCUUGUGCUUACGGGUUCGAUGGGCUCCAGUGUCAAAUCAUUGAUUGUGCCACAUGUGGUGCUCAUGGAACGUGUUUGAGUGAUGGUUCAUGCCUCUGUGCUACCGGCUACACUGGUAAAACUUGCAAUGAAGGUAUUUGUCUCCCUCCGUGUGAAAAUGGUGGAACAUGUCUCCCUGGCAUUGGUUAUUGUGUAUGUCCCACUGACUAUGCUGGCCACAGAUGUGAAUAUUCUAGUGAUUACUCGGAUUCCGCAGAAUAUCAGGCUUAAGAGCCAUGCAGAAUCAUGGAACAUUUGAACUUGAAUUGUUAUAAUGCAGUAAUAAUAAUUGUUAGCGUGUAGCAAAAAUAAUGUAGCCAUGAUUUUGACACAAUCAGAUUGUAGAGUUCUCUAA